UUCCCCAUUAGACCACUCCCUCACCAUUGCGUCUCUCUGCAUCUUACACUUCUCUCGCAUCAUCACAGGGAGUCUCUACCACCAUAGCCACUGCGAUUGCCUUUCUGUUCUGCGUUUUCUAGACGCCUUCUUUUCAUUACCUGACAUAUUCUUUCGGUACAAUGUCAACUUCGCCGUCUCCCGGAGCUUCUCCGGCCCCCACCUCGCCGCCGUCCACUAACACAACUUCUCCUCCUCCGCCUACUACUAACACAACAUCUCCUCCUCCGCCUACUACUAACACAACAUCUCCUCCUCCGCCCUCGGCCACCCCUCCUGCAACACCUCCUGCUACUCCCUCCACUCCACCACAGGUUACUCCUUCGCCCCCGCCGCCAGCCACACCCACUCCCAGCCCUCCCUUUCCCUCCCCACCUGCAACCUCGCCACCGCCGCCUACGUCUGGUACCAAUUCUCCACCACCUCCGGUGACUCGCAGCUCGCCUCCUCCUCCUCCUCCUCCGUCCAGUUCAACCACGCCUUCGUCCCCUUCUUCAUCGCCGGAUAUAUCAACUGGUGUUAUUGUUGGCAUCGCCGUUGGUGCUGUGGGGAUUCUUGUAAUUUUAAGCCUUGUUUGCGUAUGUUGUCGGAGGAAGAAGAGGAGAACAAGUAAUGUAGGAUCCUAUGUGCCGCCACAGGGACCUAAAGGUGACCAAUAUGGUGGCCUACCACGUCAGUGGCAGCAUAAUGCUCCGUCUCCUUCAGAUAAUAUUGUCUCCGUGAUGCAAAAGCCCCCGCCCCCGGCUUAUGCCCCUAAACCUCCUCCGCCGCCGCCAUUUCUCGGCAGCAGUGGUGGGUCAGGUUCCAACUAUACAGGUGGCGAAAAUUCACACCCACCUCCUUCUCCUGGAAUGUCAUUGGGUUUCUCAAAGAGCGCAUUUUCAUAUGAAGAGUUGGUACGGGCAACAGAUGGGUUCUCCGAUGCCAACCUCCUUGGACAAGGUGGAUUUGGAUAUGUGCACAAGGGAAUCCUGCCGAAUGGGAAGGAGGUGGCAAUCAAGCAGCUAAAGGCAGGAAGUGGGCAGGGUGAACGAGAAUUUCAAGCAGAAGUUGAGAUCAUUAGCCGAGUUCAUCACAGACAUCUUGUUUCUCUCGUUGGGUACUGCAUUACUGGACACCAGAGAUUGCUUGUUUAUGAAUUUGUUCCAAACAAUACGUUGGAGCUUCACUUACAUGGAAAAGGGCGACCUACUAUGGAUUGGCCCACAAGACUGAAAAUUGCAUUAGGAUCAGCAAAAGGACUGGCGUAUCUCCAUGAGGAUUGUCAUCCCAAGAUCAUCCAUCGUGAUAUCAAAAGUGCUAACAUACUUCUGGAUUUCAAGUUUGAAGCGAAGGUUGCUGAUUUUGGACUAGCAAAGUUUUCUUCUGAUCUCAAUACUCAUGUUUCCACUCGAGUGAUGGGAACUUUUGGUUAUCUGGCUCCAGAAUAUGCUUCCAGUGGGAAACUCACAGACAAAUCAGAUGUUUUCUCCUUUGGGGUGAUGCUCCUGGAGCUAAUUACUGGACGUCGACCGGUUGACACAACUCAUACUUUCAUGGAGGAUAGUCUGGUAGAGUGGGCAAGGCCUUUGCUUAUCCGUGCUUUGGAAGAGCAUGAUUUUGAUUCUCUGGUUGAUCCAAGGCUGAAAGAUGAAUAUGACCUCAAUGAAAUGACUCGCAUGGUCGCAUGUGCUGCAGCCUGCACCCGUCAUUCAGCACGUCAUAGGCCAAAAGUGAGCCAGGUUGCUCGUGCUCUGGAAGGAGACAUGUCUCUAUCAGAUCUGAACGAAGGAAUUAAACCCGGACACAGCUCUGCCUACAGUUUCCGAGGAAGCUCUGAUUAUGAUACUGCACAAUACAAGGAAGACAUGAAAAAAUUCAGGAAAAUGGCUUUGGGAACCCAGGAGCUUGGCGUCAGCAGUGAAUACAGUGCACCUACGAGUGACAACAGCUUAUACCCAUCUGGCUCAAGCAGCGAAGGCCAGAGCCGCGGGACCACCCGGGAAAUGGAAAUGAGAAAGAUGAAUAACCACCAAGGUUACAGUGGAAGCUCUUGACAACUCUUUGCUUUUACCAUGUAUAAAUCUAUAUCCUUUGAUUUUACUUCUGUGUUUUGACUGACCUAUUCUGAGCGAAUUACCUAAAUAUUUUUCACAGAUUGUCAGCUUUAAAAUUCUAUUGAUAAGGGCAUAUAUACAACAAAGUAGCAUUAGGUAGAUUCUUUCAUUUGUUGAUUACUGGGAUUGAAAUGCAUCAACUUUGUUUUUCGUGUUCAUUUGUCAAUUAGCUUGUGAUUGAAAUCGUAAGAUGGUUGAUGAGCUAA